GGUCUGACUAGGAUCUGCUUGUGGUAUGCAAACACCAGCGGAUGGAGUGAUCCUGCGCUGCAACUGGGCUUGCUGUGCAAGAAUAUGAGUGCUGCUGCAGCGACUGCACUGGCAAGGCGUCUAACACAGCUAUAGCAGCGCCCAGCACAAGAUCAAGUCGAGGCAAUCAGCAAUACCCGCUCGCACUCACGGUCUGUUUACGUCACCGAUCACUCCUGCGCUGCGCCCCGGAACCGUCCAGAAGACGCAGGCGUGUAGCUUGGCUGCGGCGCGAGGCCCCCAACACAAGACAGGGAGCAGCACAGAGCAUACGCGAGGGGCGAGGACUGGCAGCUUUCGUGGAGAAGUCCUUGCAGCACUAUCAGCGCAGCGCUUCCAGGCCACAGCGCUUCGCGCCGCAGAUCGAGAAGCAUAGAAACAGGCUCUGAGCUCUCUCUGUCCACCCAUCACAAGGAGCCCUGCAGCGAGGCCGCAAGCGCGUUACGCCAUCGACACGCCUAGCGCGAGCAGCGCUCCAAGAAACCAUGGCAUCCUUCGAGCCCCCAACCCCGAAGAAAGCCGUCGACGCGCGGACCGCCGCGUCCAUGCUCGACUCUCUGAAUCUCUCCACCCCAGCGGUGCUACGAGACAAAACCCAAGCGGAGCUGGCCACGCAAAACCUGUCAGGCUACGAAGCCAUGCGACGGAUCCGAGAUGACGCCGCCCAAUUCCGGCGGGACUACCAGAACUGGCGCAAGGGCGCGAACAAGGGCGCGAAAGGUGCCCGAGGCAUUACCACCCAGACCGAGGGUACGGUAAAAAUCGCCCACAACCCCCUGACCGAGUUGACCGCUUCUCAAAAAUCCUAUCCUCUGCAGCGACGUAAUUUAGCGAAGAUCGCGGCUCUAGGAAAGCUCAAAGUGCCUUCGACGCCGGAACCCCCGAAGCCGACGGCGUUCCUAGCUCAUUUAGGUGUUGGGGGGUUUCAUCGCAGUCAUCAAGCCUACGUGACGGACGUACUCUUGGAGCGAGCCACAUCUAGAAGUGUACCGGACGGGUAUGAUAACGCUAGGCGUGUCUCGUACAAACAAUUACCUGGGAGUGGUGGCGACCUGAACGAGAUCGCGGACGUCUGGGGCAUUCUAGGUGUGGGCCUGAUGCCGUCCUUACCACAGCGUCCUUAUUCUCUUCGCGCGUCGAUGACGACCCCAUUGGUAUUUCCUGACGUGUGAUGAACACACAUAUUACGAGUAGUCCGAGACCCUACACUCGAUGACGCCGUCGUCUCAACUCAAUUCACAUAUCACAUACAUCACACAGGUGGGACAAGAAGAUGUACGACACCCUGAAGAGGCAGGACUACCUGUAUACACUACUCACGCGAGGCAACGACGGGUCCGAAGCGCGAGUCGUGCAGUCCAUCGUCGGGUUCUUGCACGUGCCGGAAGCCCCGGAAGCAGCCUUGCAACGAUUGGAGAAGGAGGACAUCCGUAUACUAUCACUGACGGUCACGGAAAAGGGAUACUACCGGACACCGGACGGCGGCCUGGACAUAAAUAACGCGUUAGUGAAGGAAGACCUGAAUGACUGGUCCAAUGGUCUGAAACAACCCAAGACGGCACCCGGUCUCAUAUGUACGGUACUCCUACGAAGGAGGGGCAAGGCGGGACCACUCACGGUCAUGUCCUGUGACAACCUGCCCCUGAACGGCAACACGGCCCGCGACAGUGUCCUAGCCUUCGCUAGAUUGGUGGAUCAGGACCUCGCGACGUACAUCGCGCAAGAAGUGCCGUUCCCGAACGCCAUGGUCGACCGCAUCACACCAGUGACAAAACCCGAGCAAAUUGACAUCCUGAAGCAGGAGUACGGCGUCGAGGACGGCUGGCCCGUUGUUGCUGAACCUUUUUUACAAUGGGUGGUAGAGGACAAGUUCGUGAAGGGGCGGCCCGCGUGGGAGAAGGCUUGUUCGGGGCCGAACGAGUCCGUACUAUUCGUGGACGACGUCGAGCCUUAUGAACUCAUGAAAUUGAGAUUGCUCAAUAGUAGUCAUAGUGCGAUGGCCUAUGUAUCGCUACUCGCGUGUCAUAAGUUUGUUGAUGAAGCCCUGACGGAUAUCGACGUCUUGACUUUCUUGAGAGCCUACAUGAACGAAGUCGUGACGACCUUGGUGCCCGUGGCUGGGGUCAAUUUCAUCGAGUACCGCGCGAAACUCGUGGAACGGUUCUCGAACCCGUACAUAAAAGAUACUUUAGCAAGGUUAGCGCUAGACGGUUCUCAAAAAUUCGAGGCGACGCUGGGAAGAGCAUUAGUCGAGCACUUCAAGGGCUGCGCGGCGUGCAACUUCGACGUGCUCGCAUUGGCCUUCGCGGCGUUCCUGCGGUGCUGCGCGACGUCUACUUUUGAUGGGAUUGCACCUUCUCCCGACAUAACUAUCGACGAUCCCAAGAAAAGCUUGUUGGAACCCUUAGCUACGGACGCUUUAAGGUGCUGCGUCCAAGAGCACGAAUCGGGGGACGCGCUGGACGUCGAAGCGGAAGACGCCUGGCGCGCCAAGGGCGAACAAGCGACGUCGUCGUUCCUAUCCUGCGUCUUCGGCAAGGGCGUCGAGGACUUCUCGGAGCUGUCGGCCCUGGUCUACAAGCACUUCACGUCACUCGUGUUUCGGGGUAUGAGGGACUGCCUGGCCUCGUACCGGCAAGAACAAUUACUGCGGAUCAAGGCCGAGAUCGCGGCGACCUACGAGGUGCUGCGCACGCUACAGCGCCAGGAGAUCCUGCUGACGCCGCCGGAAGAGGCGGAGGCGACGACGAUCGAGGUGACGUCCUAGUGUAAAUACAUAUACUAUAGUACGUCGGGCGGGGAAUAGUCGUCUGGUGUUUUGAUUCGCGUGGAGCAAGUCGGCAGCUCCACCGUUC